GGUUCCAGUCGGCUGCAUUAAAUCCCUUCCCCCUCGAUGCCCUAACUUUGAUUUCAACUUCCGGACGCAUCUUUUUUUUCCUCUACGCGCUCGUGACCGCAGAGCAUUAAUUAGAAAAGGUACCUGAAACCAAAAGAGUAGUCGAAAGUUUUUCUUUGUCCCCUGAGGGACUCACGACGUACAUGCACUUGUGCUUUUGUUGAGAGUCAUCGUGUUUGACAGGAGGUAUUGCCCGCAUCGCUCCUGCUUGGGUGUGUUCUUACAGCUGCUCUUGUUUCAGUCGAGUUAAGCUACACGUCUGAGUAAGAUGGGUUCUUGUAGAGAUUGCCUGACACGCAUCCCAUAUGCAACAUUUAUUGCUACCGUUCUGUGUUUUAUUGGCAUUGGAGUAUUCUGUGGCACUGUUUACAGAGGAGCAACACUAGCUAAUUUGAUUCUGCUAGACGUUUUUCAUGUACAAGUUGAAUGGAUUGGUAUUAUGAGGCUCUUACUCAUUAUUUUGGGUGGAAUUAUGGCUUGUUUAGCACUUAUCAUGCUAGUUGUGGGGUGCCUGGCCACAGGCAGUACUCGUCACACUGUUUACAGAGCCUGGAAGGCACGAGUAGGUGGAAGACUGUCCUGCGCAAUAUUCCUUGGAAUGUCCUAUAUUUUGUUUUAUGUCUGGGUUGGUAUCUUAGUGUGUCUAACUAUGGUCACUUUGAUAUUCACCUUGUUCUGGGGGCUCUGCGUUGACAACCAACGCCGCCAUGAUCGUCCAUGCAUUUCUUUUGUCCAGUUCGACUGGCUUUUCCCGAACGGUACGACCGUCGACGAUUUGCAAGUUUGCGGGCCGGAGGAACUAAAACUAUUUUGUAAGGACUACGUUGAGGUUGCCGAAGUAUCUUUCAUUCUGUCCACGGUCGCCUCUUUCGUGGUUGCCCUUGCUCUUGUCCAUUAUUUGAUGUGUCUUGCAUCCAACUAUGCAUACAUACGCGACCAGGAGAAGAUAUCUGAUCUACAGGAAAUGCAGUACCUCCACGAAUCAAUUAUGAAGUAGAUAAACGUCAAAGUAGAUUUUUAGUCGUUUACAGUAGACUAGAGAGGAAUCGUGCCUCUACGUUCAUUCCAACGGACAAUUGAAUUUUUUUAGAUUUCCGACUCCUUUCAGAAAUUCUUUUUGCCGUCCAAGGUUGACUCGAUUCUAUUUACAAUUUCAAUGACACAAACGAAUUGCCUUUUUGCCUGCUCUUACAAAACAAUAUACUUCUUUUUAUUACA